AUGAAUGGUGGCAAAAGGGAAUACCAACUUGAAGACGGAAAGCUGAUCUUGGACCGUGUUCGUCCUUACUUCCUUAUUCCUUUGGCAACCCCGCCAAAAAAAGUCACUCUCCCACCUACAGACUCUCUGCAUAAAGAUAUUGCUGCGUAUUUCGCGGAUUCAUUGAAACAAGCGGCUUGCAAGAUAAUUUCGAUUUCAGUGUUGCAGAAUACAACACUUUGGGAAAGAUAUCACAUGUUUAAGAGCUUGCAACAGGCUAUCGAACAGGGGGAGAGAGCCACAGAAAAAAGUUCACAAGGAGCAUUCAUUGAUACUGCGUUCAAAGACACUGUAUUAUUUCACGGUACUCAGCCGGAUAAUGUAUCUUCAAUACUGGAUCAUGGAUUGGAUGGAAGACUCUCUAAAUCGUAUGGUAAUUGCGGUCCCGCAAUAUAUUUAUCUCCGAGCUUCGAAAAAUGUGAUAUGUUUGCGAGCCGUUAUAACGCUUCUCAAAGGUCUUUGGUAGUUUGUGUGACUGCGCUUGGUAAGGUAUAUGAUAAUACCUUAAUACCGACCGUCAGUCAAAACACCAAAUUUCCUCCAAGAGGCUAUAAUAGUGUUAAACACUUUGUAUCUGUUUCCGAUGAAUACGUUAUCUAUGAUAAUUCACAAGUAUUACCGAUACUGGCUAUCAAUUACGAAAAAAUCGAAAAAAAUAUUCCACAUCCUGUUGCGAGCCCCUUCAUGUUGCCACCUUUUCCGGUUGUUUCACCAUUUGCAAUGACGCCGCCUACUCCGAUUACGGCAUCAAAUCAAACCGUAAAAUUACCAAUGGGUUCAUCAAGAUUUAAUGCGUCCAUUGGAUUUGGCAAUAAUAACUGCAAUUUUAGAUCUUUAUUUGUGACAAGUUUAUCGACCAUUACAACGGCGCCGGUUUUUCAUCGACCAACAUUACCCCAACUUCCAUUAAUUUCGGCGGCAAGAUCAUCCUCACAUGCUGGUGGAAAUUCAAACAACGAAUCUAAUUGGGUUAUGCGUAAAGCACAGCAAAUGUUAUAUCAAUGGGAAGCCCAGGUCGAUUUUAACCGAGAUCUCUCAAACUUCUACGGCGCUUUAAUGGCCGACCGGCAAUUCUGGCCUCACCUAUCCGGAGGGUCUUAUCCAAAUUUGAGAUCAUAUUUAAAUUUUGCGAUAGCAAAUAAACGUAGCAAAGCAUCUAUAUAUCUUGAUCAGGGAUUAGUUAAUACGCUGGAAAAUUUAAAUAGCCAUCAAGGGAUAGUAUAUGCGAAGAGGAGACAAGUGGAGUUGAACAGAUCUGUCAAUUUGCAACAGAUUCUUACGACGACCAGUAAGGAACGACUUCAAGAGGCUAUUUCAUCACAAGAGAGUUGUUCUAUAUGUGCAGAAAUGAUACUUCCAUUCGGUUCAAAUAAGGAUAUUGUACAGAUGAACAAUUGCCCCCAUCUAUUUCAUCAAUCUUGUAUUGAGACUUGGCUUAAUAUGCCUUCUUCACAAAUGGUUUGCCCAAAUUGUAAAACCCCGUGCCACGACCCUACGGCGCCACCACCUAUCGGACCAAUGCCUGAUGGGGAAAUGGCAUAUAUCUUCAGCGAAAAACUAGGAGCCUGGUUUAUUUGUUACUGGAUUCCAAAUGGAACCCAAUUGCCAUGUCACGUCACGCCUGGGAGACAAUUCAAAGGCACCACAAGGACAGCUGUAUGCCCAAUAUAUUUUAAAUGGGGCCCACUUCUGUUUAUUCGUCUUGUUGCGGCAUUCUAUUAUCACCAUACCUUCACGGUUGGGACUUCGCUUACGACCAAUAUGUCGGAUACGACCACUUGGAAUGGUAUUCAUCACAAGACUUCAAUAGAUGGGAUGUUCGGUUUUCCCGAUUCAACUUAUGAAGAGAGAGUUUCGUUGGAAUUGGAUGCAAAGGGAAUACUAUUAUUCCUUAGGGAUGUGGUUUCUGAAGGUUAA